AUGACCAAGGGAUUAACCGUCGCCACAGCUGAGCAGAUCCGUGUUCCCGAGACCCUCUUGAAAAAGAGAAAAGAUCAGGAAAGGAUUGCAUCCGAGAAGGCAGCUGCUCUUGUAAAAAAGCGUAAGGCCGCAAAGACCCGCCGCGUAAUCUUCAAGCGCGCGGAAACAUAUGUUAAAGAAUACAUCGCUGCUGAACGUCACGAGAUCCGUUUGCGUCGUCAAGCGAAGGCCAAGGGCAAUUAUUAUCACUUCAAAACUUCUAAGACAUUACAACAAAUCGCUUUAAAGUAUCAACCACAUCCCACCCAAGCCGCGCAAGAUUCUUCAACUCUUGCGUCUCCUUCAAAUCAAUAA